AUGGGUACGGUGCCCUCGGCGCUGAAGCACUGCCUCAGCUACCAGCACCUCCUCAAGGAGCAGCUGUGGAUCGGGGAACCGGUCGCGCCGCCUGCGGUGCCGCACCCCGGGCAGGAAUCUCAAGCAUCUGGACUGCCUGAAUACAUAAAGAUUGUAGAAGUUGGGCCAAGGGAUGGAUUACAAAAUGAAAAGGUGAUAGUCCCAACUGACAUCAAAAUCGAGUUAAUCAACCGGCUUUCUAAAACAGGCCUGCCUGCAAUAGAAGUGACCAGUUUUGUUUCAUCCAAAUGGGUGCCUCAGAUGGCAGACCACAAAGAAGUAAUGAGAGGCAUUAAGCGGCAUCCUGGAGUUGAGUAUCCUGUUCUCACACCUAAUCUUCAAGGUUUUCAUUCUGCUGUUGCAGCCGGGGCUACAGAGGUCUCAGUGUUUGGUGCAGCAUCUGAAACUUUUAGCAAAAUGAAUAUUAAUUGUUCAAUUGAAGAAAGCAUAGAAAGAUUUGAAGAAAUUGCUAAAUCUGCAAGGAAUAUGAAUAUUCCAGUGCGUGGGUAUGUGUCGUGUGCAUUGGGCUGCCCAUAUGAAGGAACCAUCAUACCAGCUAAAGUGGCAGAGGUAUCUAAGCGGCUGUACAGUAUGGGCUGUUAUGAAAUCUCUCUGGGGGACACAAUUGGUGUGGGGACUCCUGGAAGUAUGAAAAGAAUGUUGGAAGCUGUUACGAAAGAAAUUCCUCUGAGUGCUGUUGCUGUUCACUGUCAUGAUACAUAUGGACAGGCAUUAGCCAAUAUCCUCACAGCCAUACAGAUGGGAGUUGCUGUAGUAGAUUCAUCUGUUGCAGGACUAGGUGGUUGUCCCUAUGCAAAAGGUGCUACUGGAAAUGUUGCCACAGAGGAUGUGAUAUACAUGCUUAAUGGUCUGGGGAUCAAUACAGGAGUAAGUCUUUGUAAAGUGAUGGAAGCUGGAAACUUCAUCUGUACAGCUUUGAACAAGACAACAAACUCCAAAGUUGCACUAGCUUCCUUCAAUACUGGAGCUAUCAAUUAA